AUUGUAUGGUUAAUUGCACAAUUGAGACGGAAUUCUAUAAUAAAUGGGUCCAUGCAUUUAUACAGUAUAUAGUACUUCUUGGAAAUACGUACUAGGAUACGUAAAUCAGCCUCAAAUUGAGGCGCAGCCCACGCUAGUCGCGCGACAGUGGAUCCUACCUCUUACGUACCGUCUUAUCCGCUGUCUUACACGUCUCACGAUAUUAAUUUUGAACAAUUCAACAUUAGUAGUUACACAUUCAUAUGGAAACUUUCGUAUAAACAUAAAAUUAUCAUUACUUGCAUUUUCGUCCGAGCUUAUAUUGUCCCAUUUUAAGCGUUGUCCUUCACAUCAGUUUGGAAUUUGCCCUAGGGAAUACCGACGGAUCCGUCACACGGACUUUUAACGACAGCUGUCACUCCCGGAUAGAGACCGCGCGCAAAUAACCUCUCCGUCUAGUAAACACUCUUGCAGAAGAAAAGGACGUCCAGCUCCACCCUCGCCCAUCAUGGCGCAGCUUUUACUUGACCUCGUCUACUCGUUCGGCAAUUGUCUAAACUGCUUCCCCGGAUCGCCGACCCUGAAGAUCAACAGCCGAUCCUUCAAGAUACUGCGACUACUAGGCGAAGGCGGAUUUAGCUAUGUCUAUCUCGUGCAAGAUACAGCGACGGCGGAGCUCUUUGCGCUGAAGAAGAUAAGAUGUCCAUUCGGCCAAGAGUCAGUCCAGCAAGCGAUGCGAGAAGUCGAAGCGUACAAGACCUUCUCCCACACAUCCAACAUUAUCCAUAGUGUCGACUAUUCCAUUGCGAGCGAGCGAAACGAUGCAGAUGCGAAGACGGUAUACGUGUUACUACCAUAUUAUAGACGAGGCAACCUGCAAGAUAUUAUCAAUGCGAACCUAGUGAACCACACAAAAUUUCCGGAAAAGGAGCUCAUGCGCCUCUUCCUCGGCGUAUGCAAGGCUCUUAAGGACAUGCAUCAAUACCGAGGACCGUCAGGUGGCGAGCGCAUGGUAGCAGGCAAUGCGAAAGAUGGCGAGGGAGGACGAGGAAAGAAAGGAAAGCGCAAUAAGGCUGUUGCGGCAGCAGACGCAGACGACGAGACGGAACAAGCUAGGCCGCUGAUGGUAAACGAGGAGUUGGUAAGACCCGGCGAACGGAGAUCAUAUGCGCAUAGAGAUAUUAAGCCAGGCAACAUCAUGAUUGAUGACUCGGGCUCGCAACCUAUUAUAAUGGAUCUAGGCUCCAUCGCCGAAUCACCUAUCGCCAUAUCGACUCGAUCUCUUGCCAUUGCGACACAAGAUAUAGCUGCGGAACACAGCACGAUGCCUUAUCGAGCGCCUGAACUCUUCGACGUGAAGACGGGCACGGUUAUCGAUACUAAAGUCGACAUCUGGUCUUUAGGAUGCACAUUAUAUGCGUGUCUAGUAGGGAAAUCGCCUUUCGAGAUGCGCAGCGACGAGACUGGAGGUAGCUUAAGCAUGUGUGUAUUAGGAGGUGACUGGCGAUUCCCGGAUGAGGGACCCAAGGGUCAAAAGAAAGGAAAAGCGCCGGCCGGAUCUGCUGGUCGCGAGGAGGGUGCGAUUAGCGAACCGAUUAAGGAUGUUGUCAGGAAAUGCUUGAGCGUCGAGCCAAGCGAACGCCCGGAUAUCGACGAACUAAUAGAUCUAGUAGAAGAGGUCCUUGACGAGUUACCCGAAGACGACGUAUGAGAGGCGAAGAUUGGGGAAUCGUUUCUUCUGUGUAUACUGUACAUUAUAUCCUUCUGUGUUAGAUGACCACCUAGGGACAGGCCAUGAAAUUU